AUGCGAGUUGAGGCAUCUCCAAUUGCCAAGAGUGAAGAGAAACCUGAUGUUGUGGAUUUAUUCUUCUCUCUGAGGCCGUCCGCGGCUGGGGCGGAGGCGGCGUCUCUGACGGAGACAGUCAACCACAGCAGCAGUAACGGCGGGCAUGAGAGUGCCGAAGAUAAUGAUGGUGUCCACAGGACUUUGACAUUGCCAGAAGCCCCCGCAACAAAGGGGCCUGGAUGGUCGAAGUCGCUUCUUGCAUUUCAUCAGAAGCGCUACGAUUAUUUUCUGCAGGCCUAUUUUGGCUAUGGGAUGGAGCAGCGGACCAAAUGCAUUCGCCAGGCGGCACAGAUGUGUAUGAUUGGUCUUGGAUUGCAGAAGAAAAGCCAGACACGAAGCGGCGACAUGGUUCACGCCAUGCGACGUUUUCUCCGACACUCUGUGCUUGCGGUGGAGGGAGACGCUGUUUUUGUCAAGCUUGUGCAGAAGGCAAGGCCCAGGUGGUGUGACGAGGGGAACGAGCAUUUCGAUGACCCACGGCAUUGGCCAAAUGCUCGCUGUAUCGCUCUCCACUAUGGUCUACCCUCACUGGCUACAAAGACAGGCGUGUGCUGCCCCGAUGCCAACACUGAAACUUUGCUUGGAGUGAAACCUGAGACGGAGCUAGAGGACCGGAAGUUCCCAGCGGCGACACUAAUGGCCGUGGUGGCCACGACUCCUAUUGAGGAGGGUGAAUCUGUGCGUCUCUGUCUUCGUUCGUACAACCGUUGCAUAGACGAGGCUCUGUGGUACGAGGAACUCUUUGGACCCCGCUGCAAUGAGGGAAGUGCAGGGGCAGCAAGUGUGACCCGAGGACAAAAACGGUUUGACAUGUGGCCAGAGGGUUUGGCCUUUUUCCACGGUGUGGGAUCACGCCACGCGGGCGCGCAUCCAGUGGCGGGCUUUCCAUUUACGCUACUUGACCUCAUAGAGACAAGGGAAAUAGGGGAGGGUCAGAAGGGUCUUUUCGCCGCGCACCCCGUGCCGUACGCCACAUGUUUUCUCUACUGCGGGCCCGCCGUGGCGACCAAAGUCGUGGAGGAGAGGCGGGUGGGUGCAGCAGUGAAAAACAGCACCAUCACUACUGCCGCUGCCGCUGCCGACGCCACUACUACUACUACCACUAAUUCUAAUGAUGCUACGACUAUCGUCUCUGCUUCCUCCGCUCUAGCCAGUAACUUCACAACGACCACCAGCUGUGACAACAUGACUACCAAUAAUACUAAUAACAGUAACUCUGAUAAUGAGGAUGAACUAUGGAGCGGCAUACCAAUUCAUGACGCGACCUACGCGCUUGGACUGGGGCAGCAUGGAAUUUGUUUUGGUCAAGGUCUUAUGCGGUACGCCAAUCAUCGCUAUAACAUUAGCAGAUUUGGGAAUGUGGAGCUUUGCUCUGUGAUACUUUCAGUGACAAGUGAGUUUUCUUCAUUAGUGGCAGAGCUUGAACGGCGCCGCAGCUCUACCUCACGGAAGCGAAGGGGGAAACCAAGAAACUCGCUGAGACGCAGAUCAAACAAGUCAACUUCAAUUAUCAACGGAAAACGGGGUGAUGAUGUGAUGGGCGCAAAGAGGCGGCGUUAUCGCCCCCUCGUUGGGCGCCGCAUAUUUUUGGAAGAGCACAGCCAUUUCGUUACGGUUCCAUUCUUCAUUGCAACAACUGAUAUAGAGGAAGGACAACAACUGUUGGCGUGGACCUACGGUGAGGAGUAUGACGCGCGUCUUGAGCGGCAGGUUGUGUGUGAUGGGAAUCUUGUGCCCUAUGCAGAUGCGGCUGUGCUUGAUGCACGAGUUCCUGUGGGCCGUUGGCAGUGUUAUGGGGGGGACUACCGUCACGGUAUGGGCGUGAGUGACAUUGUUUGGUGCCGUCAGCCCUCAUUGAAUGGGUUUCGAGAUCCAGUGGAUGACUUGUUUGUCGUUUUGGAUAUUCCAUCUCACGGCAUUGGUUAUCUGCUACUGCGUCCCCUUUCCCGUGGAAGUAUUGCCCAGGCUCAGGCCCUUCUUGAGCCCCAUCACAAGGCGAUGGAUGAAAUGAUUCUGCUGGAUGUCUGUGAGUCCAAGACGCUGGAGCAAUGCAUCAUUACUCACAUUGAUACGGUGGCCUUGCUUUUGGUUGAUAUGGAUUAUUGGACGCUGAAAGAUGCCAAACGGACCCCGACAUCAUCUCCGCUUGCGUGGAACAGUUGUGGUUGUGGUGGUGGGUCGUCAUGUGUAAUUCGUCAUGUAGUUGUGGAUGGUACGGCUCUCCGGGCUGCGACGAGGCUUGUUCUCGAAAGUAAACAUGUUCUCACGACGACGACCAAUAUGAGAGUUCUUACUGGAUCUGUGUGGCCCUUUCUGCAGGGGUGUGACAGUGCUACACGACCCUGUGGACGAAAAGGGAUGGCGAGGGACAGCAAAAAUAGAUCAGUUACGAGUAAUGGAGCUUCCUAUCCUUUGUAA